AUGUCUUCUCCAAACCCCAAUUUCCAACUUUUCCCCUGCACAGUAGCAGAUGUCCCUGAUAUGAUAAACAUCUAUAUGAGUGCCUUCGCCGACGACUACUUCGCGCGCUACACUCUGCCCCCUGACCAAAUUGCCCCGGAGGAGUGGCAGCGCUGGUUAACAAUCCGCUUUACCAAAGUCUUCUCCAAGCCCGAGUACCGGGUCUUCAAGAUCACGGAUCCCAAUACCGGAAAGGCGUGCGCGUUUAUAAGAUGGGCAUAUCCCCAUGUUUUCACUGAAGAGCAGAAAGCGCAGAGGAAGCAAGAGGAGAAGGAGUUGGAGAGGAGGAAGAAAGAAGGCACGGAUGAUAGUUGGCCUAGAGGCGCGAAUCUAGAGGCUCUUGAUGCUAAGUUCAGCGCUCUGGACAGGAUUCGAGAGGAGACUGUUGAUGAAACGAAUACUUAUGUGGCACAUCUUCUAGCUGUGCAUCAAGAUUAUCAGAGAAGGGGCCUCGGACCCAAGCUGUUGAAGCAUACGCUGGACCUGGCUGAUGCCGAGGGACGCCUUGUUUAUAUUGAAGCUACGACUGCGGGCUAUCCUGUAUAUGCUAAGCUUGGCUUCAAGGAGAUUAACGCUAUUAGUGUGGACUUAUCGAAAUAUGGGGGCAAGGAGCCGGGAGUGAAUAGAGUUAUGUUGAGGGAGCCGCAGAAAGUUAGCUAG